AUGGAGAUGGAGCCCCAGCCGCGCCGGCCCUGGGCGAGCAAACCCCGCGACACAGAAUACGGCGAGGCUCAGCAGCGGAUGGGUGCAUUUACCCUUUUCGCACCCUUCUCUACCGAUACUUAG